AUGCUUCUACGAUCGCCCCGCAGAUUCGCUAUACUUUCUUUCAUAGCUUUUGUUUUCAUUUUCGCGGUACUGCAGCAGAGUCCAUGGGCGCAUGAAAAAGUCUACGAGCAAUUAUCGCAUUUCGACCUGGGCAGUAGACCCCCAGAUCAGGCGCCAAUAGAGGAUGGGACACGGACAUAUCCUGAAGAUGCAUGGCAGCAUGCAGUGCCCUUUGGAAAACCGGGCUCCGUUGAUGCGGAAUUGGCAGCUGGUGCAUCCAGAGUCAGUCCUCCCAUGGUCUCUGCAUCAGGCUCCAGACAUACAGGACCGAACCCGCCAUGGGUCACUGCGCCUGCAAGAACGGCACCUCUGCCUCGUCCGACACCACGGCCAUCCAAUAUGACGGAGUACAUGAAGAAGAUGCUAAAAUGGAGUCGGCCAACGUGGGACGGGCAUUGGCCGCCGUUUCAAGAAUACAUCUACAAGGCAUAUGACCCUAAUCGGUGGGAGCAAUUUCCCAUGGACGACCGCGUCUAUACAUCUGGACAUCACAAGCUAAACGGCUCCAUUGCAUCAGAUCCGGUAGCGUAUAAGCCAUAUCCAAAGUAUAAUACAGAAAAAUGGAAGAAGAGCUGGAAAGGCGAAUAUACGGCAUGCUUUGGACCAAGAGGCGUUCCACUCAACCAAAGUAUGGACGACGAGGUCCAAGUGUAUCGUGGUGUUCCUGCGGAUUUUCCCCCAGUGUACGCUGGUGGCUACGAUGUCAUUGGCUUGGACGACAGUGUCUGUUUCGAUCGGUAUUCGCGGUAUGGACCUUAUGGAUAUGGCGACGAUGAGUUUCCCGAAGAGGUGAAGCACUGGAAGGCUCCGUUGACUAUACCCGAAUGGCCCAAAGUGCGAUGGGGAGAAUUGCAAGAUGAUUGUCUUCGCCUCAAUCAGAAGCGAUAUCGACAGGAAGCGCGGGCACCCAUGGUCAAAGUACCCAGCACCGUGCUACCUGAACCCGCAGCAGCGUCAUCGGCUUUUGCCAUUCCACCUGACACAAGCAGGAGCAAUCUUGAGGAAAGGGAUCACCAGGAGCAGAAGUAUCACCACCGAACUGCAGUGCUCAUUCGGGCCUGGACCGGCUAUCACUAUGAGGAGAACGACAUUACGGCUAUUCGUGCUAUGAUCUCCGAGCUAUCCCUUCAAUCUGGUGGAGAAUACCAGGUUUUUCUCUAUGUACACGUCAAGGAUAAGAAUCUGCGCAUCUUCGACAGUAAGUGGGAGUAUGACAGAGUACUGGAAGAAAACGUCCCGGAAGAACUGCGCGACAUCGCAGUCCUAUGGUCCGAAUCCAUAUUUCCCAAGUGGUACCCCAAAGUCAUGGAUUGGCAGGUCUACUGGCAGCAGUUUAUGUGCCUGCAGUGGUUCAGUAUCACGCACCCCGAGUUCGACUAUGUCUGGAAUUGGGAAACCGACGCAAGAUACACUGGACACCAUUAUCAUUUCUUCGAGAAGAUUAGCGAAUUUGCCGAUAAACAGCCUAGGAAGCUACUCUGGGAGCGUAACAAGCGGUACUAUCUUCCAAGCGUACAUGGAGACUACCAAUCCUUCGUCGAGAACACGCACUCAGAUGUACUCAACGCAUCAGCAAACUCCCUCAUUCCACCACCCGUUUGGGGACCAAAACCUUGGGCACGAGCGGAGCCCCCGCAGAAGCCGCUAGGUCCGAUGCCGCCAACAAGCUUUGAAAACGACAAUUUUGAUUGGGGCGUGAAUGAGCCGGCGGACUUCAUCACUCUUCUUCCCAUGUGGGAUCCGCGUAAUACAAGCUGGUCGUACAAGGACAAGAUUUGGAAUUACCUCCCCGGCGUUCGCCCCAUCUUCACCCCGAGGGACGGUCAGGCAGAUUGGUUCACGCACCCUGACUUUGUCCAUAUCGAUCGCCGAGUCUUUAUCAACACGGUUGUGCGCUUCAGCAAGCGCAUGCUACAGGCUAUGCACGAAGAGAAUCUAGAAGGACGCAGUAUGCAAGCGGAAAUGUGGCCCUCGACAGUAGCACUCCAGCACGGCCUCAAAGCCGUAUACGCGCCCCAUCCCAUCUUCAACGACCGCCACUGGCCUGCAGCGUACAGCGAAGCUGUCUUCGAUACGGCCUCCUCCGUCAAUGAAUAUACCGGCGAAGCGCUCGAAAACCGACAAGGCGCGUGGACCGAAGAGGCAGAUUCACCAUACAACCACGACCGGGAAUACAAUUUCCAAGGGUGGUCGUGGUACUACGCAUCAAGAUUUCCGCGGAACCUGUACAGACGUUGGCUGAACUGGCCGAUUAUGAAGACAAAAUGGGGCGAGGCAGACCGAGUUGAUGGUGGACCAGGCUUUGAUGGGAAGUUUGAGGAAAAGAGGAUGUGUAUUCCGGGGAUGCUACUGCAUCCUGUGAAGAGGAUGCAGAAGGACAAGACAGAACCUUGA